AUGGACGAUGCUGCAGAUGGCUCGGGCUUCAACGCCUACACUGCUGAGGGGGAACAAUCACGCUUUCUUGAAGGUCUUGAGGACGUGAACGUGUCGUCGGUGGUUGAGAAUGGCGAGACGAGCCAGGGAGCAGCGCAGCCUGUCAAGUACCAGGUCGCCGAUCGGGAGCAUGCGCUCGAAAAUGGCCAUGGUGGAGGCGCGGAUGGCGGACCGCCGUAUCAUGGGUCCAACAACGACAGUAAUCUUCAGGCUGUCGCUGCAGCUGCUGCCAUUGCCGCCGCGGUAAGGCAGCAUCAGGGUGAGCAGGGCAAUCACGAAGGCCGUGACCACGAGCAGAACGAUCACCUUCAUCGCCCACAGUCUCCUCUGGACGAGUCUAUGAACGCUGCGGCUCACGGCGAGGACGGCAGCCAUUCGCCUGCAGAAGGCGCAGAGGACGCAGAUGAGACUGGCGAUGGAUCCUCGAAGCGCAAAAAGACGAAGGAUCUUAGUCCAGGGCCGGACAAGUCACGCAAGCAGAAUUCAUCCUGCGAUGUUUGCAGGGGAAGGAAGGUCAAGUGCGUACGGGAACCUGGAGAAGACAAAUGCAACGAGUGCAAGAGAAAGAAGACUGCAUGCACCCACUUCUACGUUGAAAUGGUCACCAAGGGUCCAAGGCGGCCUAGCAAGCGUCAAAAGGCCGCUCACGCGGCAGCAACGGAGGCCUACGCUGCUACGCCUUCGGACGACAAGGAGCUGCUAUCUCCUGUUGUUCGCUUCCUGCUCUUUCAAGAUACUCCGAACUAUACACCAAGUCAAGCGCCACCUUCUCCAGCUAAUGGUAUCAGCUCUAAUUCGCUACCGGCUAAUCGUCCCAAAUUGCCAUCUGCUGCCGAGUCGAGACUACACAUCGGAUCUGCCCGGGCAACAAUGAUCUCACAUCUUGUCCAAGCUUACUUUUCCUUCGUUCAUGCCCGCUAUGCCAUUAUCGAUCAGACACCGUUCCACUCACACUUUGGUCCAGAGGGUGAUCAAGGGCAAGUGGCAAGCACAUCUGGGAGCAGCAAUGCACCUACCACCCCUGCCUCUUCGGAUGUCAUUUUUGCAGCGAUCUUAGCAUGGGGAGCCCUCUUCAGCGAGUCCCCUAUUUUGGUAGGCGAUCGCAAGGAAGCGGAGCAGCGCCUCGGUCCCGACGAGAGGUCAAAGCGAAGCGCAGCUGUGAAUGGGCAGAGCGACCCUGCCAAUAUUGACGAGAGCGCUACACCAGUUGGGACUUCGCGAAUUGCACAAGACAUACUGCUACGUGCUGUCGAAGUUUUCGAGGCUCACAAGGGGCAUCGCCAUGCCACUCUCGAUACCGCAAGAGCUGCACUCCUCUUGGAGCCUCUGCUUGUUUCGGCUCGCAGACGGCCAUUCUCGCAACGCCCAGUGGACGCUCCCUUCCAGAUCAUGGGUGAUACCAACCAACCUCAGCAUCGCAUACUUACCCGACCUUUCGUUCAUCAAAGCGGUACGUGGCAACGGAUUGCGCUCAGUCAUCUAAUGGAUCUGGGAUACCACACCGCCGCGGGUGUUGCGACUAUACAUGACGAGAAGGAAAGGCGCUCAGCGCUUAUGACGUGGCGCCUUGCCAGCGCGCUCGAUGCACAGCAAGCAGCUCUCUUCCGUCGCAAGGCUUUCAAUGGCGACGAAGACUCGACAUGUGGUGACCCGGAGCCCUCGCAGGAUACUCCUAUCGGACCACUCUCACCGCACUCGUCUGGGGAAGGCUUUGAGGUCUGGUUGGCUGCGUCGAAGGCAGAUGCAAACAUCAACAGGCUCGUCGCAAAGACUCUAUGGGCACCGAGCGUCCAGCUUGCGGGCAUCCCUGUAGACGAGGCCCAGCUGCUUAUUCGUAGCCUCACUCAGUGGUCGGAAGAGUGGAUGGAGAGGGUAGGCCUACCGGUAUCGCGCUUCCAACCGUGGGACUUUUCCGCCUCUCUGACCGCCGCCAAUUUCGAAAUGGGCUUCCACGUCAAGUGGAUCCUUCUCUGGGAAGCACUCGACGAGAUCGGCUUCUCGUCCUCUUCCCUCGGUUCUAUCUCCGCAGAAUCCGCGUCACUCUCCACCGUAAUAAAAAAGGUCAACGAUGAAGCCCUCUCCGGCGCGCUGCGCAUCGCCGAAGUCUCUUCGUCCCUCGCCGACGCGGGAUGGAUCAAGCUCGACGCAGGCGGCAUCUGUCUGCCAGCUAUGAUCGAGACUGCCUACUUCCUCGCCCGCUUCGACAGACAAAAGGAGACAAACGACGUCAUUCGCGCUAUCAGACAGUAUGGUCGGGUGCUAGACAUCGCUUACGAAGUGUCCAAUGAACUCGAACUCCUCGUAGCUGCCCUCUCUGGCUCGAGCCCGCAGAGUGCAGCAGUGGGGCACGAAGGAGCACAGGGACCAUCCGAAGAGCUGUCUGCGCAGCCUCAAAACCAAUAUAGUCUGGAAAACCAGCAGCAGCAGCAGCAGCAUAGCCACCAGCGCCAUCACCAGGACGACCAGCAUGAGGCUCAGACGGCGGCGGCGGCGGCCGCGGCCGCCGCCGCAGCAGCAGCAGCCGUCAUGGUCGACGAUAACACCCAUGCGGGGGAGACGGCGGCUACUGGGGAGAUGAUGGAUGAGAACGAGCUUGACCAGGUCUGGAAGGCGGAUGAGGAUUAG